UCGCUGCCCCCGCCUCGGUUUUUUAACUGGGUCUCGCGUCUGCUUGUGUCUGCUGUGAUGAUGUCGUGAUGUCCUUUUGGGAAAUGCUGGUUUUGGCUCUCGAAUCUUUGAAGAAGUGCUCGAAUGUGCUGUGUGGGAAUCGUCAAAUUUGUUCGUUCGUAUAUGGGUAAUCUUCAAAAAGCGCCAUUGCAAACUUGUUAAAUGUUGGAUGAUAUAAAUUUGAGAGAGAAGUGGUUGUUUGAAGUAUUACAUUAACAGACUUGUCACGCCGAACAGUAUUACCUACACUGUAUAGGGAACUCUAGAGUUUAUAUGCAAGUUAUUGGGUCCAUUAAAUAAUCGUGCUUUCAUCUAUCGGACUUGUUGGACUUGUACGUAAACAUAUUAUUUUGAACUAUAUUAACAGUACAUCCAACAUUAAAUUUCGUUAACUGUGCUAUGGAGAUAUAAAGGUCUCUGCUUUAAAGGCGGUUUUUCGGUUCUACCCAGUGUGUCAGUGUGUGAUCUUAUCAUUAUCGGCGGUCUGAAUUAGCCCUUUAAUUUAUGCGUGUCUAUCAAGAAAAAAACAAAGAUUUCUAUUUGGGAGUCGUGGACUUCUUGGCCAUUUCGUUUUGUGUCCAUUCCACGGCUUGAAUGAUCCCCACUUGCUUCGGCGUCUGUAAAUCUUUUUGAUGUCUCGAGUUCACUAGUUAAACUGUGAUUGUGUCAUAUUGCCUGGGGAGCGAUCUGCUCUUGAUUUAAUACUGCCCAGUGCCGCCACCUGAUCUCCUGAUCCUCAUCCUUGCAUCCAUGCUAAAAACCAGUGCUUUCGACUUUGCCGGAGCGCGCGACUUGCGAUCACUGUGAAGUACAGUCAAUUUUUUACUACUAGUAGUAUUGCCAGCCAGUUAUGAUUUUCAUCACAUACUCGUUUGACCAAUUGAGAAGGCAGAGCUAUUAUCUUGGACAGGGAGAUUUGAAAUAAACUACCAGACUACUGCCCCGUGUGCACAUUGUGUUGAAAUCAUGUGCGCAAGGCCUGUAGUACCCUGUUGUUUCCAUAGUGAGAUUCUUGUCGUCUCUUUCAUAAAUGUGGACGAUGUCCAGGUGACAUGAGUUGCGAUAACGGUCAGCUACUGACUGUUGUCUUCAGUUGGUGGUAAUCUUUGAAGUUUCUCUAGGACCACAAUCGUGUUUAUUGUGUACUGUUGAGCUUGCUCUGUUUGGCUUAGCUUCAACGCCUUUGAAGAACUUUUGUGUGCUGUAAGUUGUGAGUAUGACGCCAAUAUCUUGGUGUCUACUUCUGACAAUACCACCGAUGAAAAUCGCCUCCUCGGGUGAGCCUGAUCAAGAUUGUGCUCUGUUGGCUUCUGUUUGCUCCUACUGUCUGCUAACACUUAGGUCGUCAGGUGGGAACACUUUGCUGUCCUACGCAGACGAUGCCGAGAGAGUAAAUGAUGAAGGCCGAGAUGAUGGGAGGAGUCUCGCUUCGGUGUAUGAUGACCACCUGACGCCAGCAGAGAGGCGGUUUCUUCAGCAGAGGGAGAAGAUCGAAUUGGAAAGGUUGGCAAAAAUGGCCAGUAAGUCACACCGGGAUCGGGUGCAGGAGUUCAACCAAUACCUGGCGAAUCUCAGUGAGCACUACGACAUUCCUAAAGUUGGGCCUGGCUAACUAAAAUUUCUGCACUCAUUACCAUCUGUAACAACACAAGUUACCGUGGAGAAAGAAAUUCCUGUCCGAAUGGAACUUUUCUGAUUACUGCAUGCGAAAGAGCAACCAUGCAACUUUCAUUGUUCCGUGUUGGUUCUACGUAGCGUCAAACUAAUUGCAUUCCAAUGGCUUCCGGGUUACUUCUCCUUCGCCGGCAUUGUAGCAACUACUGAUUUAUAUGCCUUGAUCAUGGCUUACACGGUCAUAAAAGAUUCAGUCCUCCUCCAACA